AGGCAAAUAAAGAAGACGUAUAGCAUUGAUUCCCAAACUCCAAUCCUAAGAAUCAUACAUGAAAGAAGAUUUUGUAAUAUUCUACAAACUGUAAACCAUUAAGAAAAAAAAAUAUAGCUUUUAACUUUUGGAAUUGGAAGCACAUCAGACACAAAACACAAAGUCUCUGUUUCACCUUUUAACCCAUUCAAGAAUUUUCCUUUAAUUUCAGUGCCCCUCUUACUUUGCUUAUUUAUCUAUCUAUCUCCCCUCCUCUGUUUCUUCGCCUUCUCUCAGCUUUUCAUCUUUAUCAGGUAAAGAAUUAUGAUAAGCAUAUCUCUGCACAUACCUCUCUCCUUUCUAAUUUGUUAAAAAAGUUUGCAUGCGCAGACGGUUUUGUAUAUCAUAAAGUUUAGCUUUCUUUGGCUACUUUUUUUGCUAUGUUAUAUGUAUGGUUCAUGGUUGUUGUAAUAUUGAGAAGUAAGACCAUGUCAAGUGUUGAAACUUAAAAGAUUUUUAUAUGUAUGUGUGUACGAAAGAAAGAAAGAAAGAAAGAGUGAAUGGAGCUGUGGACAGAAGCUAGAGCCCUGAAGGCUAGUCUAAGAGGAGAAGCUAUCAAACAUCAAGUGAUUGUGUCUGAGGAACUAAGCAGAACUUCUUCUGCUGAAGAUUUCUCCGUCGAGUGUUUCCUCGAUUUCUCAGAAGAAGUUCAAGAAGAAGAAGAACUUGUCUAUAUUUCUUCUUCACAAGAAGAACAAGAACAAGAUUGUUGUAACACUAGUUCACAGCCUUGCAUUUUUGAUCAACUUCCUUCUUUGCCGGAUGGAGAUGUUGAAGAGCUUGAAUGGGUAUCUCGUGUUGUUGAUGAUUGUUCAUCACAAGAAGUCUCACUUCUCUUCACACAAACCCACAAAACCAGACCAAGCUUCUCGUCUCGAGUUCCGGUUAAACCAAGAACCAAACGGCCUCGGAACAGCUUAGCCGGAGACAGGGUCUGGCCACUCGUUUCAACCAACCAACAUGCAGCAGGAGAGCAGCAGUGGAGGAAGAAGAAGAAACAAGAACCGGUCAUUGUGUUUCAACGAAGAUGCAGCCAUUGUGGGACAAACACCACACCUCAGUGGAGAACCGGUCCGGUCGGUCCAAAAACCUUAUGUAACGCAUGUGGAGUUCGGUUCAAGUCCGGUAGGCUAUGUCCGGAAUACAGACCGGCGGAUAGUCCGACGUUCUCUAAUGAGAUUCACUCAAAUCUUCAUAGGAAGGUUCUUGAAUUGAGAAAGAGUAAAGAGUUGGUUGAAGAAGAAACAGGUGAAGCUAUUACUAAAUCAGACCAAGUCAAAUUUGGCAGCCAAAGUGGUAGAGAAGACUUAGGUAAAAUGUAAACCUACUUUUUUUAGCAUUAUCUCUAGUGUUGUGUAAUUUAACAACUUGCUUCAUUACAUUGGAGGCUGUUUUGGAAUUAGUCUAUAAAAAAUGGGUUUCUCUAUAAAACAAGAUUUAUGUAAUUUUUAAUGAUGUGAGAGACCACCACCACUACAUACUUAGAAUGAUUUUGGUCCAUGUAAGGUGGCAUAGACUUUUUGUAAGUAUGUGGCAAACUGU